CAUCAAUCUUCUCCAUUAAUGUCCAUAUCUCAAAACCAAUAAAAUCUUUCUCUUUCUCUCUCUAUCUACAUGUAUUCUUCCAUCUGUAAUCAGCCUUUCUUUAGGCGCCCUAAAUUUCAAAACAUUUCUCAAUCACCAUCAUCCUUCUUCUUCUUCCCUAGGGCACCUCAUCAUCUUCAUCAUCAUCAUCAACAAUGGGGAACUGCUGUUCAUCGGACAGCGAAUCCCCAAACGUUAACGGAACAGAAGUCGCCAAAUCAAACCACGGCGAAAACAGUAAUCACGCCAACGAUGACGGUAACGGUCCAUCAACUUCAUCUUCUCCACCAAAAGCAAAUCCACCUCCAUCAACUUCAUCAGAAAAACCUAAUAAACCGGUAGCUAUUGGUCCAGUAUUAGGUCGUCCAAUGGAAGAUAUACGGAACACGUAUAAUAUUGGUAAAGAACUCGGGAGAGGUCAAUUUGGUGUGACUCAUUUAUGUACGAAUAAACAAUCUGGUGAGAAAUUUGCUUGUAAGACGAUUGCGAAGAGAAAACUUGCGAAUAAGGAAGAUGUUGAAGAUGUUCGUCGUGAAGUUCAGAUUAUGCAUCAUUUAGCUGGACAAGCGAAUGUUGUUGAAUUGAAAGGUGCUUAUGAAGAUAAACAUUCGGUUCAUUUGGUUAUGGAAUUGUGUGCUGGUGGUGAAUUGUUUGAUCGGAUUAUAUCGAAAGGUCAUUAUACUGAACGUGCUGCUGCUUCGUUGUUGAGAACGAUUGUUCAGAUUGUUCAUACUUGUCAUACUAUGGGAGUUAUUCAUAGAGAUUUGAAGCCGGAGAACUUUCUUCUUUUGAAUCAUGAUGAGACUUCUCCACUUAAGGCUACCGAUUUUGGUCUAUCCGUCUUCUAUAAACAAGGUGAUGUGUUCAAAGAUAUUGUGGGCAGUGCAUAUUACAUUGCACCUGAAGUAUUGAAAAGGAACUAUGGACCAGAAGUUGAUAUAUGGAGUAUUGGUGUUAUGCUAUAUAUCCUUCUAUGUGGUGUUCCUCCUUUUUGGGCAGAAUCCGAGAAUGGAAUCUUUAACGCCAUACUUCGUGGAACUAUCGAUUUCUCUUGUGAUCCAUGGCCUUCACUUUCUCCCGGAGCAAAGGAUAUUGUUAAGAAGAUGUUAAAUACAGAUCCCAAACAGAGACUUACAGCAUUCCAAGUUUUGAAUCAUCCAUGGAUUAAGGAGGAUGGUGAAGCACCAGAGACACCACUUGAUAAUGCUGUAUUGGAUAGGAUCAAGCAGUUUAGAGCCAUGAACAAGUUCAAGAAAGUUGCCCUUAAAGUUAUUGCUGGUUGUUUAUCAGAGGAAGAAAUAAUGGGACUGAAACAAAUGUUCAAAGGAAUGGAUACGGAUAACAGUGGUACAAUAACACUUGAAGAGCUAAAGAAAGGACUUUCUCAACAAGAAGGCACAAAGUUAUCUGAAUAUGAAGUUCAACAGUUAAUGGAAGCUGCUGAUGCUGAUGGAAAUGGGACCAUAGACUAUGAUGAGUUUAUUGCAGCAACAAUGCAAAUCAAUAGAAUGGACAGAGAAGAACAUCUUUACACUGCAUUCCAAUACUUUGACAAAGAUAACAGCGGCUAUAUUACAAUAGAAGAGUUAGAGCAAGCUCUUCGAGAGUUCGGUAUGAGUGAUGCGAAGCUUAUAAAUGAAAUCAUCUCCGAUGUCGACGCAGAUCAUGAUGGAAAUAUCAAUUAUGAUGAAUUCGCGGCUAUGAUGAGAAAGGGAAACCCAGAAGCGGCGCAAAAUCCUAAGAAAAGACGAGAUGUAGUUGUUUGAUGAUCAAAUCGAAAUUAUUUGACGAUUUUCUGUCCCGAAAAGAAAAAAGAUUUGGGAAGAACAUAGAGUAUUUAAAGUGAGGAAAACAAACCAGCAAAUCUAAGAAAUGUCUAUAUAUGUAACAAUAUUAGCUUAUUUGAAAGCAGUUUGUGUUAUAUUUACAUUAUUUCUGGUUUAA